CUUAAGUUAACAAACGACCAAACUUCAACAACAAAAGCCCCACCCAGCUCCACGGGGCGUCUCCAUUGGCCCGCCCGGCUGUAGCUCCGCUCCCUGCCCGUCCUCAGAGCGCCAUUGGCCGGCGGUGACGACAAUCCCGAGCCGAGGGCCCGCCCACCGAGCGGAUCAAGUUUGAAUGAACAACAGUCAGUCAGCUCUGGAGGUGGUAGUUGCAUUUGCGGUAAUUAUUUAAAAAAAAAAAAAAAAAAAAAAGAAAAAGAAAAAAAAAAAAAAAAAAGAAAAAGUGUUGCAUCGCGUCGAGGAUGGACAUGAAGAAGAGGAUCCACCUCGAGCUGAGGAACCGCACUCCGUCAGACGUCAAAGAACUUGUUCUAGACAACUGUCGCUCAAAUGAAGGAAAGAUCGAGGGUCUAACAGACGAGUUUGAGGAGCUGGAAUUCCUCAGCACAAUCAAUGUCGGACUCACGACAGUUGCUCACCUGCCGAAGCUAAAUAAACUAAAAAAGCUUGAACUCAGCGAUAACAGGAUCUCAGGGGGGCUCGAAGUUCUGGCAGCAAAAUGCCCCAAACUCACACAUCUCAACCUCAGUGGCAACAAGAUCAAAGACCUCAGCACAAUAGAACCUUUGAAAGAACUGGCGACCCUGAAAAGCCUAGAUCUGUUUAACUGUGAGGUGACAAACCUGAACGAGUACAGAGACAACGUCUUCAAGCUUCUACCCCAGCUCACGUACCUGGACGGCUACGACAAAGACGACAAGGAGGCGCCGGAUUCUGAUGCUGAGGUCUACGCGGAGGGCUUAGAUGAUGAUGAGGAUGAUGAAGACGAUGAGGAGGAGUAUGAUGAAGACGCACCACCAGGAGACGAGGAGGAGGAAGAGGGAGAGGACGACGACGAGGAGAAUGAAGAGGAGGAAGAGGAGGACCUCAGCGGAGAGGAGGAAGAGGAGGAAGAUGUGAAUGACAAGGAGGUUGACGAUGAGGAUGAUGAAGAAGAAGAGCGAGGUCAGAAGAGGAAAAGGGAGCUGGAUGAAGAAGGGGAGGAGGAUGAAGACGAUUGAGAGUCCUCUGGAAGCUGAGUUGUGAACUGUUUUUAAACUUGUGUCUCCCUGUCACUUCCCAACAACCCCAUGUAUUUUUUUCCUCCAGUUUCAUAUUGCAGUAGGAGUGUUUUCUUUUUGUAAUUGGCAGGUAGACGGGGUUGUCUGGGGAAAUAAGUUCAAUUUAUGUACCUUUUAUUGCUCCCGUGUUCCAGUCUUUACUGUCCACUUUUAACUGCUUUGUGGACACCAAUUUUGUAAUCUCAAAUAAUAGCAAAGAUGAACCUUUUUAAGAAAUGUUUUUUUCUUUUCUCACUGUUUGUGUAAGACCAGUUUCUGAUGAUUCAUGUAUUUUAAGAGCCCCUCCUUCAAAAGAAAAAAACAAAAUGGAACAAAAAAAGUGUGCAUGUCUAAUACAUUUUAAAGUCAACUACUGGAUUUCAUGUAUGGCUGUCCUCUCCUCGUCUUAAACUUAUUUUUGCAUUGUACUUUUUUUGUUUUUUUUAAUAUAAGUUAUGUAUUUGUAGUGUCACCAGUAUGCCAAUACUCUCUGCUGUCCUGGUGUGAAACUUCUGUCUGAACAUGCACAGUGUGACCCCUCACAGGGCAUAUUUUUAAAAUCAUAGCAACAAAAAUGUCUGCCCUUGUCAAAGCUGCUCCUCCUCCUUAAACCCUCAGCUUUGAUAGUUCGGAAAUUACGUGUUCUUGUAAAUAAUGACCAAAUCUAUUUUUUUGUAUUCUCUUUGAUGACGGCAGACAUUGAACAGACAACUGAGGUGAAACUAUGAAUUGUAAUAAGAUAUUAAAUAUGUAUGCUGCUUUAUCUAAAAUACGCAGUGUGAAAUUUCUUGGAAUUUAAACAUUAACUUUGUAUGCAUAAUCUUUCCAUAAAGAGAAAUGUUCAACAUCAGAACUCAUUAUCGCUUUUCUUCACACAGGUGGCAAUGUUUGAAUUUUGUGGUGUGGUGUAGAGAAGUACCUGAUAUAAAUGGAGGUUACAACCGCGACAUAUGUGCAUUGAGAAUUUAUUGUUUCAAAGUGUAAACUCUGGAAAAAGGUCAGUUAUUUGGACCUCGUUUUCACUAUUACACGUACUGGUCAAAUUGGCCUACCUCAGUGAUUUUUCACACUAUGUUAAAUCCACUGUCAUCAACCAAAUUGUUUUUUCCCCCUCCUCCCAUUCACAUCAAUAAAUACCUUUUAUAUAUGUUUUGAAGUUUGUGGUCCUUGUACAACACAGUCAAAGUCAAAUGGUGAAGUGAUUACAGGAUUCCAGUUUUAAGCAAUCUGGUAUUAAUGAUGGAAAACCAAUGAAGGAUGCAUUUUCAGCAGAGUGAGACGUGUUAAUUUUACUCUUUUUGAACAUUAUUUAAAGUACUACCAAAGGAAAAAUGUAGCAAAUUUAAGCUGGGGUUUAUUGGCUUCCUAUAAAGUUAAUUAGUGCCAAACAAAGUGAUGGAUCUACUGUCUAAACCUAAAAUUCUACAUUCAUUCAUCAACUGUACAAAGAGGGUUUCAGUCAUUUAAAAAACCUUUUCUGUCCUGUUAUCCUACCUUUUAUUUUUUACCAGUUGCGUGAUUCGUUUUAUUCCUCUGUACACCAACAGGAGAAGCCCUGACAUAACAAACUCCAGCCCAACUGUCUGAUCCAUCUCUGGUGGAUCCGUUUCCCACUGUCUACUUUCACUGUAGCCUUUAACUUUUCCUGCAAAAAAACAUACACAUUUACCAUUAUUGAGUCAGUAUACAAGUCGACAUUUAAAGGGUUCAUAUGUUUGUUUCUUAACGGAAACUUUAAAGCAUUUGACCCUUUAUGUCCCCUCUUCGACUCUUAAAUUCAAUUCCUGCUAUUCAUGCAGCAGAUUCAUCUUUUCCCUUUCUAUGUCCAUCAACAGCAGAAUCAGUAAUAAGACACAUGGCAUUUUUCUUGAUAACUGCUUGAACCUGGCUGGCAUAUUAAAGCUAAUCAAAUGUGAAACCAGUGCCCACUUCUCUUAAAUUUUAGUCUGAAGGGGGAAACUGUUAAAUGGUAAAAGAGAGUGAUUUAAACUGCAGUGCGUUGGUGGUACAAGUGGAGAAGGAGAGGCAGAUGACCUGGAGGCUCUAGAUCAAAAGUACACAUCUACAGUUAAACACAUCGCACUAAUAGUGACAUACUUAGUUUUAAAUGUAAAAGGAUGGUUAUUAUUACAGUUUUCUGCAAGGUUAGGAAAAGGCAAGAUUAUAUUUGUAUACCUUAUCUGAAGUUAUGAUGUUGGAGUCAGAAGAACUAAUACCAUAAAAAGGUACAGGUUCACACCAAUCUUGCACCAUUUCAAUCGGAAACAUUCAGCAAAAUCUAUCUAUAGCUUCACAAUCAUUACUUGCGCAGCCACAUCAUACAAAAACCAUGGGAUUAAGAGAUUUACAUGUUAUUAGCUAAAAAGGUAAAAUGUGACAAAUAAAUAGAAGUAAAUAUACAUUACGCCCCAAUCCUCAAAAUGAGCCCUAAAAUCCAAUAAAAGCCAGCAAAGCUUCCCUUGAGACUAAAUUUGAGUUACACGUGGAUCCGUGUCU